UUAUCUUAUCACCCCACUCCUACCUGUCUUGUCUUCCUUUUCAACAUUUCACAUUGUCCUUCGAUAAAAACUAGUAUAAUGUUCAUCAAACUUCGGAAAAGCUAGAAGCUUGUUGGUAAAGUUUGAUCUGUUACAAGGUUUCAUGGUGCAGUAGCUGAUUUGAUUGGGAGAGACAGAAGAAAGAAAGAUGGUGUUGAGGAAAGUGGGCAGGUAUGAGAUUGGGAGAACCGUAGGGGAGGGAACGUUUGCGAAGGUGAAGUUCGCUCAGAACACUGAGUCUGGUGAGAGUGUUGCCAUGAAGAUUCUCGAUCGUUCCACCAUCAUCAAACACAAAAUGGUUGAUCAGAUCAAGAGGGAGAUUUCUAUUAUGAAGCUAGUCAGACAUCCAUAUGUUGUUCGUUUGCAUGAGGUUCUAGCAAGCCGUACAAAGAUUUAUAUCAUAUUGGAGUUCAUUACAGGUGGUGAAUUGUUCGAUAAGAUUGUACACCAUGGGCGUCUCAGUGAAGCUGAAUCUAGAAGGUAUUUCCAACAGCUUAUUGAUGGUGUAGAUUAUUGCCACAGUAAAGGAGUUUAUCAUAGAGAUUUAAAGCCGGAAAACCUUUUACUUGAUUCACAAGGAAAUAUAAAGAUUUCAGAUUUUGGUUUGAGCGCAUUGACAGAACAGGGGGUCAGUAUGCUUCGGACAACUUGUGGGACUCCUAAUUAUGUAGCUCCAGAGGUACUCAGUCACAAGGGUUAUAACGGUGCUCCAGCAGAUGUUUGGUCCUGUGGGGUUAUCCUCUAUGUUCUAAUGGCUGGAUAUCUUCCCUUUGAUGAGCUUGAUCUUACUGCAUUAUACAGUAAGAUUGGGAAAGCAGAGUUUUCAUGCCCGCCAUGGUUUCCCGUGGGAGCAAAAUCUUUGAUAUAUAGAAUGUUGGACACAAAUCCUGAACACCGUAUAACCAUUCAGCAGAUUAGAAAUGAUGAGUGGUUUCAAAGAGGCUAUAUUCCUGCUCAUCUCCUUGAGUAUGAAGAUGUAAAUCUGGAUGAUGUAAAUGCUGCAUUUGAGUCUGACAAUAUUGAGGAUCAGAGGGCUAAUCAGCAAUGUGAGAAAGAGGACAUGGGUCCUCUGGUUCUUAAUGCAUUCGACAUGAUAAUUUUAUCUCAAGGCUUAAACCUUGCAACACUCUUUGAUCGUGGAAAGGACUCUUUGAACUACCAAACACGCUUCAUCACUCAAAAGCCAGCAAAGGUGGUUUUAUCAAGUAUGGAAGUUGUGGCACAGUCAAUGGGUUUUAAGACGCAUAUACGCAACUAUAAGAUGAGAAUAGAGGGUAUUUCAGCAAAUAAAACUUCUUAUUUCUCAGUUAUGCUGGGAGUUUUUGAAGUUGCUCCAACAUUUUUCAUGGUGGACAUUCAGAAAGCAGCUGGAGAUGCAGAUGAAUAUCUCAAGUUCUACAAGAACUUUUCUAGCAAUCUUGAGGAUAUAAUCUGGAGACCACCUACUGAAACAAGCAAGUUAAAGGUCUCCAAGAAUAAAAGCAAAAGGAAGUAGUUUCAUCACCUGUGGAAUCUUUGACUCUUAUGGAAAAGAAAAGAAGAAAAAGGUCUAGUUAUGUAAGAUAUAUAUAUUUUAGAGGAAGUGUCACAGAAAAUGGAGUCAGGUGUAAUUAAAAAAGAAAUUAUCUACAACUUUGUAAGGUUGGUAUUUGUAAAUUUCUUUUUAUCUAGUUUCAAAAAAAAAUAAUUUCUUUUUAUCUUUUAUGUUCCUACCAUUACAAUGUAUCCAACUCUUAUAGUCAAAGAUUGCAAUUUUUGCU